AUGUCAUAAGAUGAGUAUUAAGAUUUUGAAGAGUAUGUUUAUAAUGAUGAAUAGCAAAUUGAAGAAGAACAAGAGGAAAUAGGAAUAAAUGAAUAAAGGAUGGAAUAAAGUAAAUAUAAGGUUAUUAUUUAAGCAUGUUAAACUCAAUAAUAUAUUUAAAUAGUAGAUUCAGAUAAAAGUGAGGAUCCAUGCUUUUUAAUAUUAUUAUAAGAGAAUAACAUACCUUAAUUGGAGAUAGCUCUUUUAUCAAAUGUUUCUACUUUCUUUGAUAGGUAAGCAAAAUUAUUUAAUUAUUGUGCAAAAAUGAUUGGUUUGAUUACAAUUGGAUCAUUAGGUAUAAAUAAGUAUUAUAAUAAGAAAAUAUCAAUUAAUAUUCAGUUCUAUUGUGUAAAUUUCUGAAAUUGUUGUUUUAGAUUUAAGAAAUAGGGUCCUAUUCUCAAUUUUCAUAAUAAUUAUUUUAACAUUUAGGAUGUUAAGAUCAUCAAAUAGGAUAUAAAAUAAAUAGUGAUUAAUAAUUAGUUUUAUAUUUAAUGAAACUAAUACUAAAGGAGGAUGAUUAGUUUUAGAGGAUUCUGCCUUAUUUACCUAGAUUUUUAAUUUUUGCAAUAAAUCCACCUCAACCUUUUAUUAGUUCAACAUCUCCUAGAAUAUUAUAAACAUUAAUAGUAAACAAAAUAAAUGAAGAAUUAUUUGAUACAUCAUUUGAAAAAUGCUUAAAAUUAGAUAUUUUGGCAUUGUCAUACUUUUCAGAAUAAACUUAAAAUAUUUCUAUUUAUAAAGAAAUAAUAGUGACAUUAACUUCCAUAUUUGAAAGGUAGUGUGAUUUAAUAUAUUUUUAGUUUACUUGAUUAGAAGAAUUCUUCAAAUUUAGAUAAUUAAUUGAUUAAUUUACUUUAAUUCUUUCUUGCAUUCACAACAAAUGAAACAAUUCUAAAUACAUUAUUCAACAAUGUUUUUCAUAGAGUCCUCUAUAAUUCAAUUAGAUUUUCAUAGCCUUCAUUUGGAUCAUUAAAUCCAGCUAAAUGGUCUCAAUAACCUCUAAUACUUGAUGCUAUGGUUAAUUUAAUUAUAAGAAUUGUUAGUGUAGAUAAAAUAGAUAAGAUUUUAUUAGAAAAUUUGUUUGAUGAUUUUAUAUUUCUUUUGGAAAAAUAGAAAUUCGAUUUUAUUUAUAGAGUUAUUCUACCUAUUCUUAAUAGUGAAUAAGUAAGAUUAAUACAGGUUUGUUUUCAUCCUAGAUUUAGUAUACAAGAAUGUAAGUUAAAAGUUGAAAAUUCACUACGUGCCCAAAAAAAGAAUAUUUUAUUUUAUUCUACUCUUUUCACAGAUAUAUUGACUAAAAAUUAAUGUUAAUAAAUUGAUUAGCUUGUUUAAGAUUAAUUAAGAACAGAAUAGAAUCAAAAUAGUUUAUAAUAAUAAAUUUUAUAAAAUGAUAAUAUAUCUAAAUUGAAUGGAUAAUGGAUAAAUUUACAUUAAUUUAAUCCAUUGAAUCCUCAUUUGAGUUCUUAGAUUUUAUUAGAGAAAUUAAAUGACAGAAAUAAUGUUUUAUUUAUUUUUGAUUUAAUAGUAGGUAAUGAAAAUGUUAGAUUAGUAUGUUUUAUUAAUAACAUAGAAUCAGAUUAAAAAACAUAUAAAUUUAUUUAGGCUAAAUCAAAUACUUAAUCAUUUUAUGUAAUGAUGAUAUAAGAUGAUCAUUUUUGGUAUGUUAAUUCUUUUGAUAAAAAAUCACAUCUUAUCUUAGCUAUUUAAGACAAUAUGUUGCAAAUUACUCAUAGCAAUCGUCCAAUUGCUUGUAUUAAUUUUCUAGAUUUCUAAUCUAGUUAGUUUGGAUUCCCUUUCCAAAAAAUAUAAUAAAAGACUUCGCUUAUUGAUUAAAUUAAGUAUGCAAUGAUGGAAUAAGAUUGUUGUUUGAUUUAAAUUGAAAUCUGGACUUUUGAUCAAUCCAAAGAUUUUAUAUAAAAAAUUGAUAUAUCAGAAUUACUUUAGAAUAAAAGUUACACUUAAUAAUUAGACUAUUACCUUUCUUAAUUUAGAUUCUAGCCUAUUCAUUUGAUUCCACAUGAUUUAACAAUUUAAGAACUUUCCAUAUAAUUAAAUGAAAAAAUUGAUUUAAAAGUGCUGAAAGAAAAUUAAAUUAAUGACAUUACUGUCGAUAAAGCUAUAUAAUAACUUAAUUUAAAGAAGCAAUCUUAAAAACCUUUGUUAAAUUAUUUUUAAAGAUAUAUUGGAGAUACAAAUAAGAUACUGGAAUAAAUCAAUAAAUAUUUGAAUGUUGUUAAGGCAGAUUAAGUUUAUAAAACAUUAUUUAUGGAAUUAGAUUUCUUAUCUGAAAUAGAUGGUUUUGCAUAAUUUAUCCUUUAAACUGAUGGAUUUUUAUAAUUGUUACUUGUUAUGGCAUUCUUAAAUAAUAAAAAAGAAGGUAAAGAAGCUUACAAUAAAAUUGUUUAAUUAAUGUAUUCAUCUAUUACAAUCUUGUUAGAUUAAAAUCACAAUUUGAAAAAUAAAGCUUUAAUGAAAUCAAAAAUUUAAAUUAGAAUAAUUAAUAGAAUAGAUUCUUACUUAAAUUUAUUGAAUCAAAAGAUUAAAACUUAAGAAACUUUAAAGGGAAAGCUUAAAGGUAUUGGAUAUGGUGAUAUAAAUUAUAGGAUUUCAGAUUUAAUUUUCAAUCCAGAUUAAUAAUUGGAAGGUGAAAAGAGAUAUAUUGAUAUUCAACAAAGUUAGAAAGAUAUCAAUUUAGAGACUUUACUGAAAUGUUUACGAAUAUUGAUUGAUUAAAAUUAUAAGGAUCCUAUGGUUAUUUAAUGCUUUCAGCUAACAAAUAUUUUAACUUUUUUAAUUAAGUACUUUUAGAAUAUAAAUAUAACUUAAAUUGAAAAUUCUUAGGUUUUUGGUGAAGUCUUAAAAAUAAUAGAAAUUUUGGCAAAAUUUUCAGUUACUUUAGAACUAUUCAUAAUUAAUGAUCAAGAGAGCCUAUUUAAUUAUUUAGAAAGAAUUAAUUAAUAGGCAAUAAUUUAUAUAAAACAAUUUAAUUCUAAAAUAGAGGAAGUAGAAAAGUUUAGGCAAACUUAUAAUUAUAUUGAGUCAUGUUUAUAUGCAGCUAAAAUGAUUAGUGUAACAUUCGUAAGUUAGGAUUAAUAAUAAUUGAAAGACGAAUAAAUUGGUAUGCAUUAAUUUUAUAAUCUUAUAAUGAAAAAAUUAGCAGUAGCUAAAUGUGAAAUUUAGAGUGAUCAAUAAUAUUUGAAUGUUAUGAAAGAAUUUUAUUAANAUCAAUCCAAAGAUUUUAUAUAAAAAAUUGAUAUAUCAGAAUUACUUUAGAAUAAAAGUUACACUUAAUAAUUAGACUAUUACCUUUCUUAAUUUAGAUUCUAGCCUAUUCAUUUGAUUCCACAUGAUUUAACAAUUUAAGAACUUUCCAUAUAAUUAAAUGAAAAAAUUGAUUUAAAAGUGCUGAAAGAAAAUUAAAUUAAUGACAUUACUGUCGAUAAAGCUAUAUAAUAACUUAAUUUAAAGAAGCAAUCUUAAAAACCUUUGUUAAAUUAUUUUUAAAGAUAUAUUGGAGAUACAAAUAAGAUACUGGAAUAAAUCAAUAAAUAUUUGAAUGUUGUUAAGGCAGAUUAAGUUUAUAAAACAUUAUUUAUGGAAUUAGAUUUCUUAUCUGAAAUAGAUGGUUUUGCAUAAUUUAUCCUUUAAACUGAUGGAUUUUUAUAAUUGUUACUUGUUAUGGCAUUCUUAAAUAAUAAAAAAGAAGGUAAAGAAGCUUACAAUAAAAUUGUUUAAUUAAUGUAUUCAUCUAUUACAAUCUUGUUAGAUUAAAAUCACAAUUUGAAAAAUAAAGCUUUAAUGAAAUCAAAAAUUUAAAUUAGAAUAAUUAAUAGAAUAGAUUCUUACUUAAAUUUAUUGAAUCAAAAGAUUAAAACUUAAGAAACUUUAAAGGGAAAGCUUAAAGGUAUUGGAUAUGGUGAUAUAAAUUAUAGGAUUUCAGAUUUAAUUUUCAAUCCAGAUUAAUAAUUGGAAGGUGAAAAGAGAUAUAUUGAUAUUCAACAAAGUUAGAAAGAUAUCAAUUUAGAGACUUUACUGAAAUGUUUACGAAUAUUGAUUGAUUAAAAUUAUAAGGAUCCUAUGGUUAUUUAAUGCUUUCAGCUAACAAAUAUUUUAACUUUUUUAAUUAAGUACUUUUAGAAUAUAAAUAUAACUUAAAUUGAAAAUUCUUAGGUUUUUGGUGAAGUCUUAAAAAUAAUAGAAAUUUUGGCAAAAUUUUCAGUUACUUUAGAACUAUUCAUAAUUAAUGAUCAAGAGAGCCUAUUUAAUUAUUUAGAAAGAAUUAAUUAAUAGGCAAUAAUUUAUAUAAAACAAUUUAAUUCUAAAAUAGAGGAAGUAGAAAAGUUUAGGCAAACUUAUAAUUAUAUUGAGUCAUGUUUAUAUGCAGCUAAAAUGAUUAGUGUAACAUUCGUAAGUUAGGAUUAAUAAUAAUUGAAAGACGAAUAAAUUGGUAUGCAUUAAUUUUAUAAUCUUAUAAUGAAAAAAUUAGCAGUAGCUAAAUGUGAAAUUUAGAGUGAUCAAUAAUAUUUGAAUGUUAUGAAAGAAUUUUAUUAAUAGACAAAUAUUUCAAAUUCAGCAAAAAUGUAAAGGUUGAUAUCAGAAAUUUUAAAUAUAGGAGAAAAUCUACCAAUGGAAGCAACAAAUUCUAUAUUUUUGAGAUAUGAUCAAGAUAGAAUGGAUUGUAUGAGAACAAUUAUUUUUGGAGCAAGUGGUACACCAUAUGCUUAUGGAGCAUUUUUAUUUGAAAUUUAUUUUGGAGAAGAUUAUCCACAUAAACCUCCAAAAAUGAAAUUAUCUACAACUGGACAUGGAAAGGUGAGAUUUAAUCCAAAUUUGUAUAAUUGUGGAAAAGUGUGUUUGAGUUUAUUAGGAACAUGGUAUGAUAAUUGGGUUCCAAAUUUUUCAACUAUUUUAUAAAUUUUGAUAUCUAUUUAAUCAAUGGUGAUGUGGGAAAAUGUCCUGUUUAAUGAACCAGGAUGGGAAAUGUAAAUGGGUACUCCAUAAGGAGAAAAGAAUAAUAGAGGUUAUUGUAAUUUUAUUAAAGUUUAGAAUAUUAGAUAUGCAAUGAUUGAAUAAUUAUAAAAACCUCCUAAAGGAUUUGAAGAAGUUAUUUAAAAGAGCUUUUAUUUGAGGAAGGAGUUAAUUAAAAAAGAAAUUGAAGAUUGGAUUGAAUAAGCAAAUCUACCAGUUGUUUAUUAAUCAGUUAAAAUAUAAAAUGAAUAAAUAUGCAAUUAUGAUUCAGCACCUGGUUUAUAUAAAUAAGAAUUGAUUAAAGUAUAUGAUUAAUUGAAAGUAGAAUUAGAAAAGUUGAAACUAAACAUUGGAAGGGAUUUUUUAAAUAUUUCUAAUGAAAAUAAAAAGGAAAUUGUUAUAAAUAAAAAUUACGUUAAUUAUUAAGAAUAAUAAUUGAGUAAUAUUUAAAUGCCUCAAGGAUUAAAUUUAAAUGAUAUAGAUAUAGGAUAUGAGGAUAAUUUAUAAUAAAGAUAAUUUGAUUCAAAUGAUUAAAACUUAUAAAAUUUAAUGAGUAGAUAUAUUGGAGUAGUAGGUUUAGAUGCAGUAAAAAGAUAAAGUGAAUCUACUGUUUUUAUCCAUGGUGUUAAUGGAUUAGGUAUUGAAAUAGCUAAAAAUAUUGUUUUGUCUGGUGUUAAAAAACUUAUUAUAUAUGAUCCUACUCCUGUUUAAUUAUAUGAUUUAGGUACUAAUUUCUAUUUGAAUUAAGAAGAUAUUAAUCAUAAUAGAGAUGAAGGAGUAAUUAAUAAAUUAAAAUAUUUAAAUCCAUAUGUAAGAAUUGAGAUCUUUUAAAAAAAUAUUUAAGAACUUAACUUAAAUGAAAUUUAAGUAUUUAUUACAUAAGAUCCAAAAAUAGCAUCUGAAAUAUCCAAUAAAAAUUAAGUGUCUGUAAUCUUGGCUUAAACUAGAAAUAUAUUUACAAGAAUUGUAACAGAUUUUGGUGAUGAAUUUAAUAUAAUUGAUAGAGAUGGAGAAUAAUUAUCAGAAUUAAUUAUUAAUGAUAUUCAAAAUAAUUUAGUUACUUUUUAGAAUUAAAAUCAUAAUUUAAUGGAAAAUGAUAUUGUUUUAAUCAAAGAAGUUAGAUAAUUUGAUGGACAAAAUGAAUCAUAUAAUUAGAAAUUUAAAAUAUAAAAUGUAAAAAGAAAUUCAUUUGAAUUGAUAACUGAUAAAAUAUUCUGUCCUUAUAAAAGUCAUGGAAUAGCAUAUUAAUAAAAAUAAACAAUUAAAUUGCCAUUCUAAAGAAUUGAAAAUGUUUUAAAUUCAUUUUCUAAUUUUAGUGAGAAUAUGGGAAUGUUGGAUAGAAUAGGUGAGAUUAAACGUGAUCUAAUUCAUUUUUGUUUAAAUAAUAUAGAAUAAUUGAAUGAUGAUUGGAAUUUAGAUAAGAUUACUCAAUUCAUUAAUUAUAUGUUAUCCUGUCAUAUAGAUAAAAGACUUAAUGAAUAAUAUAAUGAAGAUGUAUUUAAUAAAUAUAAAGAGGAAUUAAUUCCACUUUUAGUAUUAUUAUCAAUUAAUACCUUAUUUUAACCAUUAUGUGCAUUUAUUGGAGGUAUGGCAGCUUAAGAGGCUCUGAAAGCAAUAAAUAAAAAAUAUAUACCUAUACAUUAAGUUUAUGUGUAGUCAUUUGAUGAUGUAUUACCUUUUAAAUUAAGGGAAUUAAACACUUAAUAAUAAGAAUAUCAAUAAUUUUUAUAGAAAUAUGGAAUAAAUUAGAAUGCGAAUUCUAGAUAUAAAGAUUUAAUAAAUACUGUAGGAAGUAUAGAAAAAUUGUAUAAAUCAAAUGUUUUUGUAAUUGGGGCUGGUGCGAUAGGUUGUGAAUUAUUAAAAAAUUAUGCUCUUUUGGGUAUUGGUAAGAAUGGUAGUAUAUAUGUAACUGAUCCUGAUGUGAUUGAGAAUUCAAAUCUUAGUAGAUAAUUUUUAUUUAGAGAAAAACACAUUAGAAAACCGAAAAGUUUAACAGCAGCUGCAGUGGUGAAAUCAAUGAAUCCUGAUAUUAAAAUUAUAGCUAGAUUAGAUAAAGUGUGUUAGGAGAGUUAAGAAAUAUAUCAUAAUGAAUUUUAUAGAUAAAUGAAUUGUGUGACUAAUGCUUUAGAUAAUGUAUAAGCAAGAUUAUAUAUUGAUUCAAAAUGUGUUGAAAAUGAUAUUAAUUUAAUAGAUAGUGGAACAUUAGGAACAAAGGGACAUGUAUAAACAAUAAUUGCAAAAUAAAGUGAAAAUUAUGCAAGUUAAUAAGAUCCAGAAUAAAAUAAUGAUAUUCCAUAUUGUACUUUAAGAAUGUUUCCAGAAACUAAUUUACAUUGUUUAGAAUGGGCAAGAGAUAAAUUUGAAUAGUAUUUCUAUCGUAAACCAGCAGCUUUAGUAUCAUUAAUGUAAGAAACUACUCCAUAAUAAUAAAAUAUAGAUUUAGCUUUAAGAAUACUUAAGAAAUAUCCAAAAUCAUUUCAUGAAUGUCUUUAAUUAGGAAUAUAAAAGUUCUAAAAAUUAUUUAUUUGUGAUAUAUAGACUUUGCUUGAUGCUUAUCCUUUAGAUACAAUGACAAAGGAAGGUAAAUUAUUUUGGUCACCACCAAAGAGAAUACCAUAGAGUAUUGAAUUUAAUGGAUAUGUUGCAUUUAAAUUUGUAGAAUAUUUUGCUAUUCUUACUGCUUAAAUUUAUGGAAUAGAAAUACCAUAAUAAUACGAUUUAAGUAAAUUAGACAUAUAGUUAUAAUAAUAAUAAGUCAAAAAGAAAAAGAAUAACUAAAUAAUAAAAGAUUUAGAAAUUAAAUAAGAAUAAUAAAAUAAUUAAUAAGAAAAUGAUGUAAAGAAUUAUGAUACAUUAAUAAAUGAGGCAAGAAUUUUAUUAGAUUAAAUUAAACCUUGUUUACCAUAACCAUAAUAAUUUGAAAAAGAUGAUGAUUUUAAUCAUCAUGUAUCAUUUAUUACUUAAGCAACAAAUGCAAGGGCUCUAAAUUAUGGUAUUCAAUAAGUAGAUUGGAUGUGGACUAAAUUAAAAGCAGGCAGAGUAUUUAUAAUAUCUAUAUAUUUUAGAUCAUACCAGCUAUGUCAACUACCACUUCUUGUAUUGCAGGAUUAUAAACUCUAGAAUUAAUUAAAAUAUUAUUGAAUAUAAAUUAACCUAGAAAUACCUUUAUUAAUCUAGCCUUAUCAUCUUUUACGUAAAGUGAACCAGGAGAAGUUAAAAAGGUAAUAUCAUUUAUCAUUUAUUUUAGAAAAUCUUGAAAAAUGGAAUGCAAAUUACAAUAUGGUCUAAAUUUAUAUUGAAAAUUAAUAAAUAUUUAGAACCAUUGUCUUCUAUUUUAAAAUAAUUAGAAACUUUAUUUAAUUCAUCAAUCAUUAGUAUUUAAAAAGGAGCUAAAGUUAUAUAUCUUGUUUAGAUGUUACCAAAAGAUGAUAAAGAACUAUAUGAAUUGCUUAACUCUCCAAUUUCCUUUUAUAUUUAAUUUAUUAAUGGUGAAUCAUAAAUAAAUGUAUAACUUUAAGAUUCUACUUGGAUUAUGAUUAAUCUUAUAAUUAUUUGA